AUGCCCAUACUCUCUUGGAUACGCUACAUACUAGAAGAGCUAGUAACUCUGAGUUUCUUCUCAAAUAUUCCGAAGAUUGACCAACAAAGUUAUGAGGAUAUGGUACUAUCCGCGUUUAAUUCAAAUACGGAAUUUUUACCAUUUUUGGUGUGUAGUAGUAAUGGUGGUCUGACUCCUACUACUAUUACUACCGAGGAAUCUACUACAGUAACUACACCACUUAACCCAAACCCUGAGGUUACAACUAAAUCACCUGUAAAUCCUGGUAAUGGUGCAAAUACUGGAGGCGGUUCAAAUACUGGGAGUGGGGGCAACAGUGGAAGUGGCGCAAAUACUGGGAUUGGUACAAAUGAUGGAAGUGGAAAUGAACCAGAUGAGACUCCUAACGGUAGUCCCGCUCAAGGAUCCGGUGGCAAUAUUGGCGGUAGUCAAGCGCAAAGAAUUAGACAACAGCAACAGCGUAGAAGGAGACAACGGCAGCUACAAAGGAGACGUCGACAGCGUCAACUGCGUCAAGAGCGUCAACAGCGUCAAGAUCGAAUGAGGAGAAGGAUACAGCAACGAAGACGUAGAAAUCGUCAACGAAGGCGUCGCAGACGUAGCCGCAGAGGAAGCAAUAAUAAUCGCUUGGGUUAA